CAAAAUUAAUAUGCCUGCUUUUGUGCAUGAUCCUUGUGACUAAUGCACUUCGUAUAAAGACUGCCAACAGAAAUCUUUCUCGGAUGCAGACAUCUACUCGUGGGAGUAGACUGCAAAGUACCUUGCAUGGGGGAAUUCCAUCCCGCUUGCAACAGGAUGACAAUGCUGAGGAACCCGAGGAAGAGGACGCAGACGAUCUCGCUGCCGAAAUCUUUGCUGAUGAGGAUGAACCAACUGAACAAGAAGAUAUUGUUCAGAGCGAUGUCGACGCACAACUAGAACAGGCUGAAGAGCAAGAAGAAGCUGAGGAGAACUCUGCAGAAGCUGCUGAAAUUUCAAGUGAAAUUACUGAAGCUGAUGCUGAAGUAGAGGACGCUGAUAAUUCCGCUCAAGCUGCUCUCGACUUGGCUCAAGAAUCUGGAAAUGAAGACGCUAUUAAUGCCGCCAAUGAUGCUCAAGAUGACGUUGAAGCUGCCGAAGAUGCUGAAGAAAAUGCUGAAGUAUUAGCUGAAAUUGCAGCUCAAACAGGAGAUGCUGAUGAUUUGGAAGCUGCUGAAGAAGCUCAAGAUGAUGCGGAUGAAGCUGCUGAGACUGCUACCGAAUCUGCAGAAGAAGCUCAAGAACAAGCUGAAGAGGCUGCUGAAGAAGCUGCUGAAGAGGCAGAGGAAGAAGCUGAGGAAGAAGCUGAGGAAGAAGCUGAAGAAGAACAACAAGAAGAAACUGAUGAGGCUAAUCAAGAAGUAAGUACAGCCGAAGACGAGCUUGCAGAAGUUCAAGGAGAAGAAGAAAGUGCUCAAGAAGAAGUAGCUGCUACUGAAGAGGCAAUUGUUGAGGCUGAAGAUGAUGUACAAGAGAAUGAAGAAGCUUUGGAAGAUGCUGAAGAUCAACUACAGCAAGCUGAAAAUGAAGGAGAUCAAGAGUCUAUUGAGGAUGCUCAAGAUGCUAUUGAUCAAGCUGAAGACAACUUGGAAGAAACAGUUGAUAAUCUCAAUGAAGCCGAAGAUAAUGUUGAAGAAGCCCAAGCUGAAUUAGAUGAGGUUGAAGAAGAUGUUGAAGAACAAGAAGCUGAAGUAGAUUCUGCUGAAGAGGUUCUGGAUGAUGUUGAAGGUGGAGAAGAUCUAGCAACUGCUGAAGCCGAAGUUGAAGCUGAAGCUGAAGCUGAAGUUGAAGCUGGAGCUGGAGAAGAGACUGCUCCAUCAGAAGAUGAUGAAAUUAAUGAAGUAGUCGUUGAAGCUGAAGAAGCACAAGAAGAAGCUGAAGCUUCUUCUGAAGAAGCUGACUCUGAAGCUCAAGAAAUGAUUGAGGAAGCUGAAGCAGAAACUGAGGAAGCUGAAGACCAAGCUGAAGCAGCUGAAGACCAAGCUGAAGCUGAAGAAGAAGUUCAAGAGGAUAUUGAAGAAGCUGAAGCAGAUGUUGCUGAAGCUGAGGCUGAUGCUGCCGAGGCUGAAGAUGCAGUAGAUGCUGCUGAAGAGACUGCUGAUAAUGCUGAAGCUGAAGUUACCGAAGAUCAAGCAGCAGUUGAAGAAGCUGAAGAAGUUCUUGAAGAAGCUACUACUGCAGGAGAUGAAGAAGCUAUUGAGGAUGCCGAAGAUGCUGUAGAAGAAGCAACUGAUGAACUUGAAGAUUCAUCUGAAGAUCUUGCUGAUGCUCAAGAAGAGGAAGCUGAUGCUCAAGCUGAUCUUGAUGAAACUGAGGCUGAAGUUAAUGAAGAACAAUCUGAACUUGAUGUUGAAGAAGAAACUGAGGAAGCUAUUGAAGAUGGUGUAGCUCCAGAAGAAGCUGAAGAGCAAGCUGAAGAAGCUUUGGCCGAUGAUGGAGUUGAAGAAGUUGAAGGUGGUGAAGAGCCUAUCCCAGCUGAAGAAGUACCAGAAGACGAUGGAGUCGAAGAAGUUGAAGGUGGAGAAGAACCUACUCCAGCUGAAGAGGCUCCUGUAGAAGAUGACAAUAUUGAAGAGGUUACUCCUGAAGAAGCUGCUCCUGAGGAAGUUGUUCCUGAAGAAGCUGCCUCAGAAGAAGCUGCUCCAGUAGUUCUCCCAGAAGCUGCUUCGGAUGUUGCUCAAGAAGCUGUUCCAGAGGUUGCCCCAGGAGUUGCCCCAGAAGCUGCCCCAGAAGCUGCCCCAGAAGCUGCCCCAGAAGAACUUCCAGAGACUGAUGAUAACACAGAUGUUAGUGAAGUUACAGAUGACAACGAAGUUGUUGUUGAAAUUCCUACUGAAGGAUCCCCAUUUGCUACUCAAGAAGAAUUCGACGAUCUUGAAAAUCAAUUUGAAGAAAUGGAUGACAGUGUUAGCAGUCUUGAGGACCAAAUGGCUGAAAUGGACAUGUCUAGUGCUAGUGAGACUCAAGACGCUAUUGAAGACUUAGAACAAGAACUUGAUGCUGUCGAAGCCCAAGUUGAUGAAACCAAUGAUGUGAUGAAUGAUGUUGCCACUCAACAGGAAGAAAUCGAAGAAGCUCAAGCUGAAGUUCAAGAAACUCAAGCUGAAAUUGAGGAAACUCAAGAAGAAGUUGUUGAAGACCAACAAGAAAUUGAUGAAGCUCAGAAUGAAGUUCAAGACGCUCAAGAAGAAAUUGAGGAAACUCAAAGUGAUGUUGCUGAAGACCAAGCUGAGGUUGAAGCGACUGCUGAAGAAGUUCAAGAAGAAGCUGCUGAAGUUGAUGCUUCUGUUGAAGAUGCUGAAGCUGCAGCUGAGGAUGCUAGUGAAUCAAUAGAUGAAGCUGAAGAUGCUGCUGAUGAAGCUGUAGAAGAAGUUGAUGAAGCUGCUGAUGUAGCCGAAGAAGAAGUCAGUGAGGAGACUGAAGAAGCAGUUGAAGAAACACCUGAAGAAGAGCCAGCUGAAGAAGAGCCUGAAACCAUAGAUAAUUUGGCUCCAGUUGAUGAAGAUGGAAAUCCAACUCUAGAUGUAGAUACCUUAGAAGAUAACUUAGAGGAAGUAGAAAAUGUAGAAGAUGUCAUAAAUGAACAGAUUGCUCAAUUAUCAGGAGCUCCAUUAGAUAAUGAAGUUGUUGAUGCUGAACCAGCAGCUCCAGUUGAUGCUGCUCCCGUUCCAGUUGAUGCUGCUCCCGUUCCAGUAGAUGGUGCUCCAGCUCCAGCCGAUGCUACUGCCGCUCCAGCCGAUGCUACUGCCGCUCCAGCCGAUGCUACUGCCGCUCCAGCCGAUGAAGCUGCUGCUCCAGUCGAUGCUGCUACAGCUCCAGUUGAUGCAGCUGCUGUCCCAGUAGAUGCAGCUGCCGCCCCAGUUGAUGCAGCUCCAGUUGAUGCUGCUGCUCCAGUCGAUGCUGCUCCGAUCGCAGUUGCUCCAGUCGAUGCUACAGCUGACGCUCAAGUCGAUGGCGCAGUUGAUGCACCAGUCAAUGUUGCAGUUAAUGGUCCAGCUAAUGCUGCUGCCAAUGCCAAUGUUAAUGCUGCUGCAAAUGCUGCUCCAAAUGCUGCUGUUAACGGUGCUGCACCAGAAGAAAUACCAGUCUCUGAAUAAGCAGAUUAAAUUUGGGCCUGUUUCCAAAUUAGAAUUGACUAAUUUUAAUAAAACAAU